UAUAAAUAGAAAGAGACCUACUUACUUCAAAGCAUCCACCUUCCCAUUCCCCCAAAUCAUCAACCAGCAGCCAUGUCAGCUCACAAAACAAGCAGCCUCACAUGGUUCUGAUGCCGAGCUCCGGCGCCGGCCAUGUCAUCCCCUUCCUGAAAGUAGCCGGAGCCCUGGCGAGGCAAAACUGCCGAGUCACACUCAUCACCUCCCACCCACUCGUUUCCAAGGCCGAGUCGGCUGUCAUCACCCGCUUCCUCACUCUGUACCCUCAAGUCACCGAGAAGAAAUUCCAUCUGCUCCACCUCCCUCCAAAUCAUUCUUCUUCCUUCACCGACCCUUUCUUCCGACAAUGGGAACUCAUCCACCUCUCCCUUCCUCGUCUGUCCGACGUCCUCGAAUCUCUGUCUCCGCCGGCAGAUGCUCUGCUUUCCGACAUAACCUUGAUGUCUUCCACCAUUUCAGUGACUGAAAGUUUGAACCUUCCUAACUAUGUCCUCUACACUACUUCAGCCAGGAUGUUUGCUUUCUUCGCCUACUACCCUGCUCUUUCCGAUGCUCUUUCCAAUUCGGUGGACGACGACGAUGAAUUGCUUGAAAUCCCUGGGUUGGAAGGAUUGCCCAAAUCCUCUGUUCCUCCAAUGCUUCAGGACACCACCUCGCCCUUUGCCACCAUGCUCAGGGCCAACAGCGAUUGCAUCAAGAAGUUCGACGGAUUUCUGAUGAACACUUUUGAUGCACUGGAGGGGAGAACGUUGAGUGCACUUAAAUCCGGGAAAAUUGUUGAUGGGAUGCCACCGAUCUUCGACUUUCUGUUUCCACCUUGGGAGCCAGAGGAGGUGAUGAAGGGAGGCAGAGCAACAGCGUGGAAGAGAUGGCUUGAUGAGCAGCCCCCAGCCUCUGUUGUGUAUGUGAGCUUCGGAAGCAGAACGCCCUUGUCCAGGGAACAAACCCUCGAGGUCGCCAAGGGGUUGAUUAGUUGCCACUAUCCGUUCAUGUGGGUAGCAAAGGGCUCGGUUGUUGACAAGGAGGAUGGGGUGAGCUUGCAGCAAGUUCUUGGGGAAGAUCUCGCUCGUCAGAUGGAAGAGAAGGGUGUCGUUGUGAAGGACUGGGUGGAUCAACUGGAUAUCAUUGGGCACAAGUCCGUGGGGGGAUUCGUGACACACUGUGGAUGGAGCUCGAUCGUCGAAGCGUCCUCGUAUGGGGUUCCGAUGCUUGGUUGGCCUCAAAUCGGGGAUCAGAGGAUAACAGGGGUGGCAAUGGCUGAAUGCGGGGUGGGGAUACUAGGAGGGAAAUGGGGAUGGAAUGGGGAGUUUGUGGUGAAGGGGGAGGAGAUUGGGAUGCAUAUUAGGGAGAUGAUGGAGAACCAGAAGUUGAGGUCUCGAGCAGCGGAGGUCAUGGAAGACAUAAACAAGGUUGUCGCACCUGGUGGUGUAUGUGAUCGGACUCUAAAACAUUUCCUUAACAAGUUCAAAUCUUAAAUUUGGUUGUACCAAUAAGUUUAUCCCGAUGAGGAUUAUGGUUUCAGGGUUUGAUAAUAGGUUGCAAGAAGAUUAUGAAGAAAUUGUAAUAUGUAAUGUGCUUGAGGGAUAAGAUCAACGUGUUUUGGGGAAGCUUGCAAGCAAUAAGGUGUUGAGUGGUGUUUUGCAAUUAACAAGUAAAGUAUGUUAACACAUCACAUGGUAGGAUCCAUCAUUUUAUCAAGA